GCCGGACUGGGUGUUGACACUGCCCGUCUCGCUGCUCGCGCUCCCCACGACGGCGGCAGCACCGGACCAAACCCCGUGGAAAGGUCUCCCAUAACGCGUGGGCCUCGGAGAAGCGAUCGCGCGGGCACGGGCCGCCGGCCGCGGCGCGGCGCCCCUCCCUUUUAUAUCGCGGCGCCAGCGCCACAGGAAAAGGAGGCGAGGAGGGGGAGUGGUGGCAGCUUUCAGAGAAUCCAGAGGCGCGAGGAGCGGAGGGGGAAUCCGGGAGAAGAGAGGCAGGAAGGGCGUCGGCCGACCGGGCACCCCGCUGCUGCUCCUCCCAUGGGGAACUGCCUCGGCUCGGAGGAACCCGAAUUGGAGCCCGUGAAGAGCGCCGGCCGCCAUGGGCAGCCCCAAGAUUCAGGUUCGCUCACGAUCGACGAUCAAUUUUCUCCUUCUUUCUCCAGCAGCACCUGCGCGGGCGCUUCCCAUGGCGCCACCGGAGCCGGACCCUUCCAUGAGCAUGAGCUCGUCGGGGCACCCCAGCAGCAGGUCCCCGGGCUCGUCCAUGAGCAGCGUCGCGACCACCCGGAGCGGCAGCAGCAGCAGCAGCCUGGCGGCGGCGUACCCGGAGGGCCGGAUCCUGGAGGCGCCCAACCUCCGCGUGUUCACCUUCGCGGAGCUGAGGUCCGCGACGCGCAACUUCAAGCCCGACACGGUGCUCGGCGAGGGCGGGUUCGGGCGCGUGUACAAGGGCUGGGUCGACGAGAAGACCAUGAACCCCACGCGCUCCGGCAUCGGCAUGGUCGUCGCCGUCAAGAAGCUCAACCCCGAGAGCGUGCAGGGACUCCAGGAGUGGCAGUCGGAGGUGAACUUUCUCGGGAGGCUGUCGCAUCCGAACCUCGUGAGGCUGCUGGGCUACUGCGUGGAGGACAGGGAGCUGCUGCUCGUGUACGAGUUCAUGCCCAAGGGCAGCCUGGAGAAUCAUCUCUUCAGAAAGGGUGGAUCCUUCGAACCGAUUCCCUGGAACCUUAGGCUCCGGAUAGCCAUCGGCGCGGCGCGUGGCCUCGCCUUCCUCCACACGUCCGAGAAGCAAAUCAUCUACCGGGACUUCAAGGCCUCAAACAUUCUCCUCGACACGCACUACAACGCCAAGCUCUCGGACUUCGGCCUCGCCAAGAACGGGCCCACCGGCGGCGACAGCCACAUCACCACGCGCGUGAUGGGCACCUACGGCUACGCUGCCCCGGAGUACGUCGCCACAGGUCACCUGUACGUGAAGAGCGACGUGUACGGCUUCGGCGUGGUGCUGCUGGAGAUGCUGACGGGCCUGCGCGCGCUGGACACGGGCCGGCCCGCGCAGCAGCACAACCUGGUGGACUGGGCCAAGCCGUACCUGGCGGACCGGCGGAAGCUGGCCCGGCUGGUCGACCCGCGGCUCGAGGGGCAGUACCCGUCCAAGGCCGCGCUGCAGGCGGCCCAGCUCACGCUGCGCUGCCUCGAGGGGGACCCCAGGAGCCGGCCCUCGAUGGCCGAGGUCGUGGCGGCGCUCGAAGAGAUCGAGCAGAUCAGGGCGCGGCCCAAGGGCGGGACGACGCGGGAGGAGCGGCGGCGGGAGCGGGACGACGCGGCGACGGCGCACGGGCACCACCGCUCGUCGCGCCCGAGGUCCGGGUCCGGCCGGCCGGGGGGCAGCAGCAGCCACCACCAGUCUCCGAGUACGGCGAGGUAGCACGGCGUUCGCGCGGUGCUUCGGCCGCCGCUUUUGCUGCAGAUGUUGGUUGUUUCUGCAGCGAGCGGAUUGAUUGAUGAAGGCCAGAUGGGCCUUGUAUGUCAGUUUGAUCGUAGAUGGCCCAAAUGUUGGCUGGUAUAGGUUCAGGAAUCAAGAGGAUGUUUUCUCCUUUCAUUUCAAUCUUCUUCUCUGGUUUUGCCAGAUUUUGUUGUAAACGAGGCCGGCGCAGAUAUGGCGGAGAGACUGUGCGUUACACGAUUGGAGGCUGUAUGAGUUUUGAAACAAAA